UUACUAACGCUGACGUGGUGUGUCGAGAGUUGAACUGUGGGACAGUUCUUGAGGCCAAAAAAGGCGCCUUUUUCGGAGAGGGACAGGGCCAGAUCUGGUUGGAUGACGUGCGUUGUGUUGGUAGUGAGUCUUCCAUCCUCAAGUGCUCACACAGCCAACUUGGGAUAAAUAACUGUGGCCACUCUGAAGAUGCUGGGGUUAUCUGUUCAGAAAAUGUCAGAGUGGUCAAUGGAAGCAAUCGGUGUAAUGGCAGAGUGGAAGUCUACCAGAAUGGCCAAUGGAUCAAAAUGUGCAGCGGUGAGGAGCCUGUCUCCGACGUGGUGUGCCAAGAGAUUAACUGCGGCACUGCUGUCACUCCGGCUCAAGUGCCAUAUUUUGGAGAGUCCCCAUCACUUAGUCAACUCAAAUCCAAAUGCUUCGGGAAUGAGAGCUCGCUCUCACAGUGCACAUAUCAGGAAAUCAAGGAGAGCUGCGUUGAUGCCACUGCUGUCUGUUCACACAGUAAACCAAUUCGACUGUUGAACGGCACUAGUCGGUGCUCCGGUCGACUGGAAAUCUAUCACGAGGGAGAGUGGGGAACGAUUUGUGAUGACAGAUGGGGGAUGCAGGAAGCAACCGUUGCGUGUCAGGAGUUGGACUGUGGGACCGCUCUCUCAGUCAAGUACAAGGCCCACUUCGGCAGAGGUAAAGGUCAGGUGUGGUUGGACGACCUUGACUGCACGGGUCAUGAGAUGUCCAUCGCCGACUGCCCACACAGAGGUUUUGGAGAACAUGACUGUGACCACAAUGAAGAUGCCAGUGUCGUUUGCUCAGAAUCGAUCCGAUUGGUCAACGGGACUGACCGCUGCUCUGGCCGAGUCGAGGUCUUCCAUAACGGCAAAUGGGCUAAGAUUUGUAAAAACUGGGGCAAUAAAGAGGCCGCCGUGGUGUGUGAAGAACUGGAUUGUGGUUCACCAAAAGCAUUUCAAGAAUCCUUUGGUGACAGCAGGCUGAGAGGGUACGCAACUACAUGCGCUGCCAAUGCGAGCUCCAUCUCCCAAUGCACAUUUGAGGAUCACAUAGGGAGCUGUGAGGGGGCUUCUCUUUCAUGUUCAGGUGUUCCAUCAAUUAGGCUUGUCAACGGCACUGACCGGUGCUCCGGUAGAGUGGAGGUUCAUAAUGACGGCCAGUGGGGAACAGUGUGUGAUGACGAGUGGGACAUCAGAGACGCUCAGGUGGUGUGCAGAUCCGUGGACUGUGGAACAGCGCUGACUGCCAAAAGCGGUUCCUACUUUGGUCAAGGCGCAGGAAACAUCUGGCUGGAUGAUUUGGGCUGCGUCGGUAAUGAGACAUCGCUUUUCCACUGUCGACAUCCCACCCUGGGAGAAAAUAACUGCGGCCAUGCUGAAGAUGCCGGUGUGGUGUGCUCAGCUGACAUCAGACUGAUCAAUGGGACGGAUCAGUGCUCAGGCAGAGUGGAGUUCUACCAUUUAGGACAAUGGUCUUCAGCAUCGAGUCAGAACUGGGGAACGAAUGAAGCUGCGGUGGUGUGCAGAAUGAUGAACUGUGGGGAUCCCGUCGGGGUUUCCGGGUCGUAUGGUCGAGGCGGACAACUCAGUUGGUAUCGGAUCAGUUGUAGCGGGAGAGAGAGCUCCCUCGCACAGUGCACUAUGGGGCCGUACACCAGGAGCAGCCAGGAUCCCACUGAAGAGGCGUCUGUCACAUGUUCAGGUAAUGUAAAGCUGUCGGAUGGACACCAUCGUUGUGUUGGACGCGUAGAGUUCUUCGACAAAGGCCAGUGGGGGGGCGUGUGUGGUGAAUCCUGGGACCCGAAUGAUGCAAACGUGGUGUGCAGACAGCUGAAUUGCGGAAGGAAUCAUAAGAUAACCACCAUUGCCGAGUAUGGCCAUGGCUCAGGAAUGACCUGGAAUUCUCAAAUUGAAUGCAAUGGAAUGGAGUCAACCCUGAGUCAGUGCACACAAAGGCCAUAUAAAGACAAAACUUGCAACACCACCUCACUUGCUGGUGUUGUCUGCACGGGGGGUCUGGAGGUCCGGUUGGGUGGUGGACAGGAUGAGUGCCAGGGCAGAGUGGAGGUCCGUCAUGGCGAAGUGUGGCAAACAGUGUGCGACACGGACUGGAACAUGAGCAAAGCUCAGGUGGUGUGUGAGAGGCUGGAAUGUGGAAAUGCGUUAAGCGCUACCCGCGGUGCCUCUUUCGGUCAGGGCAUCGGAUCAGUGGUCCAGGCUGAUUCCUGUUUUGACAAUGUGACUACUCUUGAGCAAUGCUCAGUUAAAGGUUUCGGAGGAGCCAGGUGUGGGCACGACCACGAUGCUGGCGCUCGCUGUGCAGCACCGAUUCGGUUGGUCGGCGGCUCAGGUCAGUGCUCCGGUAGGGUGGAGAUCCUCCACAAAGGCCAGUGGGGAACCGUGUGCGAUGAUGAAUGGGAACUCGUCAAUGCCGACGUGGUGUGCAGGCAGCUCGGCUGUGGUCAUGCAGUCGCAGCUCCUGGAAGUGCCCACUAUGGCAGAGGCACUGGCCCAAUAUGGCUGGACAAUGUGGAGUGUAGAAGCGAGGAGGUAGCUCUCGCACAUUGUAAGCAUCCUGGUUUUGGACAAAAUAAUUGCGGACACGGUGAAGAUGCCAGCGCCAUUUGUUUAGGUUCUUUAGAAAGUCCCAUUAUAACGUUUAGCCCUGCCACAGAGGUGAAAUGGGGUGACAAAGUCGAGAUCACAUGCACUGUAUUAACGCAACACUUGGGUGGGACAUUCCGGCUGAAAAGGACCCAAGACUCAUUCAAAUUGGAAAAAUUCUCCGACCACGAAGCCGCAAUCUUUUCCUUUCCGCAUGUGGACUUCAACCAAUCGGGGUCUUACUUCUGUGAAUAUGUAAAGAAAUUGCCAAACCAAAACAUCAAUUAUCCUCAAGGACGUGCUGCAGAUCUCACUGUCACAGUAAAACUAGAGAAGCCCAGCAUCUCCCUGACGUCGGCCCACGCAAUGGUGAUCUUCAGCCCUGACAAGAUAUCGGUGCCCAAAGGCAGCACCUUCUCCAUCACCUGCUCCGUCCAUUCCAGCUAUCCCGGAGGGACCUUCUAUCUGAAGGAGUCCCACUCGAACACCACUCAUGCGAUUCCAGCAUUUGAUCACUCUGUGUUCUUCAUGGCAUACUUUGAAUUCCCAGAGAUAGAUUAUAAAAACCAGGGAGUGUAUUCCUGUGUCUAUGCUAUUAACAUUUCCUCAAGGUCCUUUACUUCUGAUCCCUCCAAGACACUGCAAGUAACUGUUGUCGCAACAUCCUCCUCAGUCGCCCUAGGAGUUGUUGGAGGGGUUCUUGUGGUGCUGCUACUUGUGCUGGUUGUUGUUUACUUGCUCUGGAGAAGGAGAAGGAUGGGUUCUGAUACCCUGGUUCAGUUCAUUAAUAGGUUUGGAGGAGCAAUAAAGCAAGAUACGGAAGACAUGAACAGUGGAAGAGGCCAAAAUGCCCAAGUGAAGGAUCACGGAUACAGUCGCGGCACGGAAGACAUCGAUGCUGAUGAUGAUACGUCUGUUGAGAGGGUCUCUGAGGACUUUGAUGGGAGAGUGUGUUAUGAGCUUGAACCACUCGUUCUCUCGUGAUGACCAAACGCGUCAAAGAAUCAAUAACCCAUGUCAUGCGUAACACGCACAUCACCGGGCAUUUAUGACUCUCUUUAUCAACACAUCCUGGUGUACAAUUAUCCCUGCAGUAAAGAGAGAAGAGAUCAAAUGUGAUUUUAAUUAACAUACAAAAGCCUUGCUUAUACAGGCAGCACUUAUUUUCUUGCUUAUUUCUAAAGUGAUUUUUUUUUCUUGAAUUUUCCACCAAUCGCAAAGCUAAGGUCCACUGUGGGAAGAUACUGAUUGCUUUCUCUUGUAUUGUUUGAACAUUUGCUGUUUUUCUUUAAUGUGAUCUGAACAAUACAUUUGUAUUUCUUACAACA